AUGGAUCAAGAUGAGGUAGCUCAUUUGCUUGAGCUGGAAGAUAAACUAGCCCAGAUCAGACAACAAAUACACUCAAAGUUAGAAAACCAGAAACAUGUAGCCAUUAUUCUAUCAGCUGUCGAGGAAAACAUGGAAGAACAGCAGCAGGUCGCUGGCGAAAACGUGGUGAACUACCUAGUUUCAUUGAUGUCACUGCUGGACCAAGCUGUCAGCACCGAGACGCAUGAGAUUCGCGAAGUGCAGAUUGCGACCUCAGUAACGUAUCUGCUUGACAUUAUGUUUCGUUAUGUGCCAAAACAAAUGCUGAGAUCAAAGUUUGCCGAGAUUUUGACUAAGCUCGCGCCCUGUAUCACAGACGAAAAAGCCGGUGCGCCUCUGGUUAGACCUGCUAUCGGGUGUCUAGAGACUUUGCUGGUAGCUCAGGAUGCCCAGUCAUGGAACAAUACCCAAAAUCUAAGUAUCGCGCCUAGCAGAGGUCUCAGCGGUCUUUUAGAGUUAUCGUUAGACCCUAGACCCAAGGUACGCAAGAGGGCCCAAGAUGCUGUGGGCCGUAUUAUGGCGAAUCCUCCUGUGUCUCCAUCUGCAGAGCAUGUAGCCGCCCCUCUAGUCGCCGAAUUUGCGAUCAAUGCGUUAGCUUCUGCUGUAGAGGAGGCCUCUUCGGCCUCAAAUAAAAAAAUUCGCGCUCAGGGCGGGGCUAAAGAAAAUAAUGCCAAGUCCAUUCAUAUUUUGAAGCUGAUAAAGUCAGUGCUUUACAGUAAACAAUGGCCAACCACAAGGUUCGACACCCUAUGCGAUCUUCUUCUUGAGAUCUCGAGAUCUGCCGACCAAUAUAUGGUAUCAAGUGCCUUCGAAUGUUUUGAAGCCCUUUUCCAAGCCAUCGCCGAAUCUGCUGCUUCCUCUGGACUUGCGGAUCACAAAUUUACCAAAAUUCUCAACAUUAUUUAUUCCCUGAAACCUUCAAACACGGAUGCCCAUCUCGCAGGUGCCUGGAUCGCUGUAGUUGCCAAGGGAGUUACGACUUUUGGCUUUCAUAACCCAGUAGCAUGUUUGGACAGCCUACCGGAACUGAUCAAAGUGCUAAGCGGGUAUCUCCAGAGCGAAGUCCCUGAGAUUUUCAUCAGUGCUUCUCAAUGUAUUGAAGCUAUUAUGGUUGAAGCAAUCCCAGACGAAAUUCUUUUGUCGCCACCACUUGUGGAGAGAGAAGUUUACGAGAAAGUAGAUGAUACUAUUUCUUUGUUCGCUCAGACAUAUGUCGAUUUUUUGUCGAUCAAAUACGCGCAUUGUGCUCGAGAGGUUCUUGGAGCUCUGGCUGCUGCAUUGAGAAAGUUCAGAUUUAGAUCCAACCCUGACUUUUUGGCUCCUCUGGAAAUUGUUGGCGGUUGGAGAACCAAUGAGGAUAAUUUUUUGGAACUAAGAGGUGAAAUUGAAAGUGUACUGGGUGCUGGAAUUGCCGCGAUGGGCCCUGAUGUGAUUUUGGGCUGUCUACCCUUGAAUUUGACCAAUGCAUCAGAUGAAAACCCUGGUCGCGCUUGGUUGAUUCCUCUGAUCAGAGAUAACACCAAAAAUAGCCACCUUGCGUUGUUUACCAAAGACUUCAUGCCUUUAAUUCAAUACUUCGAGGACAAAAUUGCUACCUUGUCGAGUGAGUCCGUUCAAAGCAAAGUAUUUGAAACGGUGAUAAGCCAGCUCUGGUCGACCUUGACGAAUUUCUGCGAUCUCCCCGUUGAUUUGACCGAAUCAUUCACGGAUGAAUUUGCUGCUGAUCUCUCCUCUAUGCUCUACAGCAAAGUUGAACUCAGACCUGUAAUAUGCCAUGCCCUGAAAAAGCUUGUUAAGAGCAACUACGAAUACGCUACUGGUAUUUCAAAGGCAGACGGACUUCUAGAGCAACAAUUCCCUGUCAGUGAGGGCCAAAAGAAUGUGGAUUAUUUGGCAGCGAAGGCACCAAACUUAUUGGCCGUGUUGUUCAAUGUUUACACUCAAACAGCUCCUAACGCUAGAGGUUAUAUUUUGGAAACGAUUGACGCGGUGCUACAAAUUGCAUCGUCUGAGGAACUCACGAAGACUUUCAACAACGUAUGUGGAUUGUUGAAAAAAGCGUUUGACGAAGAACCUACCAAAGGUCAAGGCGGUCCAUCAUCAAUGAAAAUGAGUGCAACGUUACUGGAUCUAAUCAUAGCAAUGGCCGCGUAUGUUGAUGAAUCCUCCUACUCUGCUUUGUUUUCAAUUUUCAACACCACCGUCAAUUCAGACGAUGCUCUAACACAGAAGCGAGCCUAUAGAAUUAUUACCAAACUUUCGGAAUCAGAACAAAGUUCAAGAUCGGUCAUGCAGUAUAUUGAUGACAUUGAAAAUGUAAUCAUUCAAAGUAGUAAGAAGGUCCACACGUCAGCAAAAGCUAUGCGUCUUAGUGCCAUCAAGCUACUAGUCGACGUUUUACCGCUAGACCACGGAGAGUUCAUUAUUCAAGUCGUACCAGAAGUUAUCUUGGCAACAAAGGAUAACAAUGAAAAAUCGAGGGAAGCAGCUUUUAACACUUUAAUUUCCAUGGCCAAUAAAAUGAGUCAAGAAGGAUGCGUCAUGAGGCUUUCUAAAGUGCCAGGUUAUGACGCUGCCACUCCAGAUCAACCAGCAAGUGUUGCUGAAUUUUUCAAGAUCACAUCAGCUGGUUUAAUUGGAGAAUCGCAGCAUAUGGUAAGCGCCACUGUCACUGCUUACUCGUGCUUGAUUUUUGAGUUCAAAGUUCAAGUCCCCCCUGAUGUACUCAUGGAAAUUUACGAUACAAUCGAGCUUUACUUGACUUCAAAUUCGAGAGAGAUUGUAAAAAGUGCUAUAGGAUUUGCUAAAGUCUGCUGUUUGGCACUACCGGAAGAAUUAAUGAAGCCGAAAAUACCUUCCCUGCUCCCUAAGCUUUUGCGUUGGUCGCAUGAACAUACAGGCCACUUUAAGGCUAAGGUUAAGCACAUCAUCGAACGGUUGAUAAGAAAGUAUGGAUACGAAUACAUUGAUCAGCAUUUCCCCGAAGAAGAUAAGAGACUACUCGUGAACAUUAGAAAAACUCGUGAUAGAUCUAAAAGAAAGGCAGAAGAUUUACAAACUGCUGUACCCAAGCUUGCAGAAUCUAACACCAAGGGGUCAAGAUUUAUGUCUGCCUUGGACGAGGCUCUGUAUGAAUCUUCAAAUGGUGAGGAGAGCGCGAAAGAAGAAUCUUCUAAUCGGAAUGGUAAAGCUAAUCGCUUCAUCGUGGAGUCUAAAGAAAAUCCUUUGGAUUUACUUGACUCACAAACUCUUGCUCACAUUUCAUCAACCAGACCCAAAAAAUACGACGGCAAAACAAAGAAAAAUGCUGCCGAAGAUGAUGUUUUUAGCUUCGAUGCUGACGGUAAACUCAAAAUGAAAUCUGACAAGAACUCCACUGGAGAUGAAGAGCUGCUAGGUUCGGCAACUAGUGGCAUCAACGCUUACUUGGAUGCAGUCAAAAAUGGUCCUGUUAGAGGUCAAAAGAAUAAGUUAAAGUUCAAAAAAGGAGCUAGAGCCAAUGACAAUGACAUGAGCGAUGGAGAGGCCAGCGAACUACCUCCUCGUAAACUUGAAGCUAAGAACAAAAAGAUCCUAAAGAAAAAGGGAGGGCCAAAGUUCAAGUCUAGGAGAAAGCUAUAA